AUGCAUUCCUCGGCGAAAGCUGAUAAGAAGGAAUCUGCGCGUGUUGACGCAGCUGCUCUUGACGAAGCUCAGUUUUUCGCGGUAGACGAUGUUUCGUCUGCUGCUAUUGCAACUCUUCCUGCUGAACCAGUUGCCGCAGAUGUACAUGAUGUGUCACCACGUGCCAGUGAUGACAAUAGUUUCCCAGUGGAACUCAUCUAUUCGGGGGAGUCGGAUGGUGGGUCCGUCUCGAAGGAGACGCCUAGGUAG